GCUGUUCCAAAAAGCUUGAGCGUCCCGAGAAGUCUGUGAAACGAUAACAAUUGUUUGGCGCGACCUUCGUCGCACUUAAACGGUGGACGCCCGCGGUAUCGGCGAUCGCAUCGCGAAGAUAAAUGCAGAUUUCGCGCCGGACCUCACGGCCUUUUCAUUCUUUCUCGCUGCGGUCUUCUCCUCUCGGCUACCACGAUGUGCCUGCUGUUCGUCUACACUAAUCCCGACCCGGACGAUGACGAAUUCAGCAUGGUGCUGGUUAACGUCAGGGACGAGUUCUUCCAUCGCCCAACGAAGCCAGCGUCUUUCUGGGAGGACGAUCCUAAUAUUGUCGGAGGUCGGGAUCAGGAGAAAGGUCGCGAAGGGGGCACGUGGAUGGCAGUGUCCAAGGACGGCCGUAUCGGUGCACUGCUGAACAUCCUCCAGCCGGCACAUCGCAUGGAUCCCACAAAGCGUGGCCGAGGCUUUCUAGUUGUGGAUUUCAUAAAGUCCACAAUGGACGGGAACGCGUACCUGACCAAACUGAUGAAAGAGAAGGACGAGUUCAACGGAUUUCUCUUCGUCGCCAUUGAGGCCAAGCCUCUUAAGAAGAAGAUCUCCAUGAGUUACUACAGCAACCUCCAAGAGGGCGAACCGGUGCAGACGGAGCCAGGUUUCCACGCGUUUGGCAACAGUGUACCCCCACAGUUCUGGGCCAAAGUCAAGUUCGGCAAACAGAAAUUUGAGGAGCUCAUCAGGCAGAACAACCGGUUCUCUCAAAAGGAUCAGCUGCUCAAGAAGAUAUACGAUUUCCUGGACGAAUCGACGUCCUACCCGGUGGAUGAUGCCAUGAGAAAACAGUCACAAGAGCCCGAGUCAACCCUGCGGCUGAUGAACCAGAUGAAGUACAUCUUGCCUAACUACAACUACGGCACAAGGACACACACCGUUCUCUUUGUGAACGGUGCGGGCAAGGCCGAGUUUAUCGAGAAGACUAUGAAGGAGCCCAUCGACAUAACAUCCAAGAUUGUGUGGGAGACAAAGACCUUCACCUUUGACAUUGCAUGACUUGUGGAUAUUUUUAGUUCUUAGACACAAAAUCUGGUCACCAUUUUUUCUUUUUCUCUUGGAUGUGUUGCAGCGUACGUAGUCAUUCGUAUCGUGUUUCACUCCUUUUUACGGUGAAAUUGCAGACUCCCUUUUUUUAGAUAUUACCGAAUACUCCGGGAAGAGAUGCUAUACGUGAAGCUUGGAGCCUGGGUUUAUAUGGAUCCUUGCUGUUAUGCUGGUGAUUAAAGAUUUUAUAAAUGUGUAUUGUUGAACCAGAA